AUGGCCGAGCGAGUCACAUCUCCGGUGGCCGACGAGGUUAAACCGUACAGGAUACAUAUUCCGACCAAACACCUCGACUUGACGCGCCAGAAGCUCGAGUUGACCCGUCUCCCUCAUGAACCAUCACACUUGGGCUCGGGCGCGUGGGCUCCCAAGCCGAUUAUCGAGCCGCUUAUUGAUCAUUGGUAUACUUGUUCUCUCUCUCACACACACUCUUCCUCACAUCCUCCUCCUUUGCCCGCCUGGAGGCUCGAAAACUACUCCUGGCGCGCAACCGAAGCCCAACUCAACACCAUCCCCCAGUUCCGCACCGCUCUCACCUUACCUAACCACCCAGCUCCCAUCCGCAUCCACUUCCUCCACGCCCGUGGCCGGCAACAACCGACCAACACCACUACACCCGCCCCUAUCCCGCUAUUAGUCAUCCCUCCGUUUCCCUUACCCGCUAUCUCCCUCGCCCCGCUGAUUCCGCUUUUCACCAAGACUGCUGUGUCCGCGUCUGAUUCUGCCUUGGAGGAGGAAGAAGAGGACGACGAGGACGAAGACGAAGCAGAGGAGACAGCGGAAGUUGAUGAAGAAGCAGGGGAAGACACCCAAACCUUCCACGUCGUCAUCCCCUCCUUCCCAGGAACCGCCUUCUCCGACUCCCUCCCAGCCAACCUCACCACCAGCACCUCCUCCAACAACCCAAUCCCCACAACAGCCACCUUAUUCAACUCCCUCAUGCACCGCCUCGGAUACACCCGCUACCUCGUCACCACCGUCGGCCCUUCCUCUCCUUCCUCUUCUUUUUCUUCUCCCGGUAGCGCGGCGAUCGACGAACGUGUUGCCCGUCGUCUAGCCUCGGCACAUGCUGACAGCUGUGUGGGUACACAUCUGAUUGCGCCGCGGUUGUGCGCGCCGAGGUGGAGGCUGGAGGGGAUUGUGGUGUGGGUGAGGUGGAGGAUUGCGAGGGUGACGAGGGGUGGGAAGGGUUCCGGCGGGUAUGAAAGGGGGGAUUUUGAGGCGUUGGAAAGGAGUAGGAAGCCAGACAUCGGCAACGGGGACCGGGAGGGGGGAUAUGGUCGGAUCCGUGAGGUUGUGGCUGAUCCGAAUACGUUGUCGUAUGCCCUCUGUGACUCGCCGGUGGGGAUGCUGGCUUUUGUGCUGAAGGGUUUGCGGGAUGCGGCUGGGACGGGAGGGGGUGUUGGGUUUACGAAGGAUGAGUUGGUUACCCUGGCAAGCGUGAUGUGGUUAUCUGGGCCGGAGGGUAUGCUACGCUUCUGGGCUGCGGCCGCUGAGGCGGCGAAUAGGGGGGAUCUGGAGGGCGAGGAGGGCAGCGGGACGAAACGGAUAGGGAAACCUAAGGUGGCGAUCACCGUGUUCACAGGGGGGAUAUCGAAGGACAAACAUGAACCUACCCAACCCACAGCACCAACGACGACGACAACAACACCCCUCUCCCUCUGGCCAACCCCCACAGACCUCACCCACCCUCCCACGCCCUACCACCCCCCAGCCUGGGCCACUCCGCACUACAACGUCGUACACACACAGCGCAUCCCCGGACCCAGCAGCGGACUGCUGGCAUUUGAACAGCCUGACGUGAUUCUCGUGGGUCUGAAGGGUUUAGCGAAGGGGCUGAAAUGGAACGAACAACAAACACAGCAUUCAACAAUAGUGGGAGCCGCCCCGUUGAUGGGGGGUGGUGGUGUCGUACCUUCGGGGCCGGUUGUGGGGAAAAAUGGGAGUGGUGGUGUUGUUACUGGUUCUCCCACGGGCGAGCUAGAACCCGUGGACGAUAAAGGCAAGGGGAAGGAGGACGAGCUGUUAGUACCCCCUCCGAAGGUGGGGAGUACGCAUGAUGAGAGUCCGGAUACGUUGGUUGCUACGCCGCCUUGGGAGAAGACUUGA